AACUGGUAUUGCUGCGCCCCCAAGGAAGAAGACCGCAUUUGCCAUCAUUUCCCGGGGAAGCAGUUCACCAUGUAUGAAUUUGCUUUCCGUGAGGCGGGGAUUAGACUGCCCUUCAACUCCUUCCAGAUGUCGGUCUUCAAGUGGCUCCGGCUGGCGCCGUCCCAACUACAUCCUAAUGCUCUCGCAUUUAUGCGGGCAUUCGAGUUAGUUUGCCAGUUCCUCGGCAUUGGUUGCACCCGGGCUCUCUUCUUCCACGUUUUCCAUCUCCAGAGGUCCGGUUCCCGUGGUCGCCACAGUUGGGUUUCUUUCAAGCAGCCCGUGCGUCUGUUCAAGACGUACGAGGAUUCUGUUCGCCAUUUCAAAAACCGGUGGUACGUGGUGAUGCCGAUUACCCGGGCUGCCCUUCACUCUCUAUACUACUAUCAGCGGAAACCCAAUGGGGAGGAGACGCUGAUGUCGAAGAUACCGCUGAGGUGGCAGCGUGAUCAUUUCGAUCUCUCCACGGCGCAUUACCGAGUCAAGUAUGCGAUGCUCGGCGAGGAGGAUAGGCUCGCGUACAAGAAGCUGGUCGAUUACGUGCAGAGCUUCAGCUUGGGGUUCUGGGCGAAUCGACAGGGCGUGCCCUACCUGGAUGAGGCCGGGGAACUAAUCACCGAGGCGCGUUAUAUCAAUACGAAGGCUCUGCUCGAGUGUGAUACCGAGGAGGAAGCUCUGGCGUUAUUGAGUGCCAUGCCCAAUGCUCGUGAUCGGGUGCUGAAGCUAGCGAAUCAGGUCGGCGCUCCUGACCGGGUGCCCAAGAAGAAGAAGAAAACUGUGGCCCGUCCCUUGGAGACUGCUGGCGAUGCCGGGGCUAGUCCCUCGCAGGCGGCGAGCGUGAUUCCUUCCUCUCCUCCUCGAUCUAACCCGAUCAACAUUCCUGAUAGCAGUCCGUCGCCAGCGGCUUCUCCCCUCCAUAAACGGAAGCGUCCGGCUGGGGCCCUUACCAGGUCGUCUCCAGGAAGUUCGAAUGGACCGGGCAGCUAUCUUCUACCUCCCUGCUAUGUGGAACGGUCGUUCUUCAAGGCCGAGGAGUCGAUUGCUGUGCCUGCGCCUGAGGCCAAGGCUAUUCUGGACCAGGAUGUUGCUGCCCGGAGGAAAGAUCUGGCCAGGGAUAUUGCUGCUGUCAUCCGGGUGAUGGAGACGGCCAUGGUUUUGACCGACACUUCGGUCUCCACCGCCUCGCUGGAGGAUGCCCUUUUGCAGGUUCGGACGGAGAAGGAAAGACUAUCUAAAGAUCUGUCGGACUACAAAGAAGAGCAUCAGCUGCAGGAAGGGCUGAGCCAGAAGCUGGAGGAGGUGGAAAAGGAGAGGGACCAGUUGAAGGCUGCUAAGGCGAGCUUGGAAGAGCAGGUGGUCGACCAUCAGAAGCUGACCGAGGACAACGCUGGCCUACGGGCUCAGGUUGAGUCUCUCGAGGGAAAGGUCCGUCCUCUGGCAGAUGAGACCGAGGAGGAACGCGCCCUUGGUUCGCGCGGUGAGCUGCUAGGGCAUAUUCGGACUCUCAACCAAGAUCUCGUGGCCUGCUUCAAAGAGGGUUUCGACAAUGCUGUCGAGCAGCUCGGGCUUCUGAACCCUGAGUUGGUGACAGUAGGGUCGGCCUAUAACUGCUGCGUCCGGGAUGGUGAGAUUAUCUGCCCGUUUGAAGCGGAGGAGGAGCUGGGGGGAGAAGAAGAAGAAGAGGAUGAAGAGGUGCUCCGAGCGGAGUCUUAGUUUAUUUGUUUUUCUUUGAUUUUAGUUAUCAUGGCCUGCGUGCCUUAUGUAUUUGGCCUUCGGGCGUUGUAAUAUGGC